UUUCAUCAGUGAAACAUUUAGGAGACUAAACUAGAGAAAAAGCACUUCGUGUGGUACGCUUCAGUAAAUAUGAAGGGCUAGUGCGAUGGACGCUGGAAACACUCGAUCAAUAGCCUGUUUAAGUGGGAAUAUAUGCAAGCAUGGACAAGUGAUUGCUUUCCUGUUUGUGGGGUGUAUUUGCAGAGGACAGCAGCAGAACAUUUGCAGGUGAGCUGUCUGAAUUAGGCUGCUUCAUGCUGGGGUGGUGCAGUGUGUUUCUGAAGGGAUUGCUGAAAAAACAGUCUGUAGGGUGGACUGUAUUUGUGCAUUUUCAGUUCCUGCUCAUGCAGAUUUCAGUGUUGUUCCGGGAGAGUCAGAGUGGGUGAAGUCCAUCUGGGGGUUAAGGAACCGUAAAAAAGGACCUUUGGUUUGUGUGGUAAUGAGUAAUUAAUGGACGUCUGAUGUAUGUGAUCUCUACAAGGAAAGGAGCUGAUGUCAUCAUGAAAAUCAUAAUAUGAUUUUCCCUCAGGAGAAACUAUGACUUGGAACGACACCACUAUGGACGGGGAAGGGUUGCUGGUGGAAAGGGACUCUUCCUUUCGGAUCCUCACGGGCUGCUUCCUCUCGCUGCUCAUCCUCUCCACACUGCUGGGAAACACUCUGGUCUGUGCAGCUGUCAUUAGGUUUCGCCACCUCAGGUCCAAGGUGACCAACUUCUUUGUCAUCUCCUUGGCCGUGUCAGAUCUCUUAGUGGCAGUUUUGGUCAUGCCAUGGAAAGCUGUGGCUGAGAUUGCUGGUUUCUGGCCUUUUGGUUCAUUUUGCAACAUCUGGGUAGCCUUUGAUAUUAUGUGCUCAACAGCCUCCAUCUUAAAUCUCUGUGUCAUUAGUGUGGACAGAUACUGGGCCAUCUCCAGCCCAUUUAGGUACGAGAGGAAAAUGACCCCCAAGGCAGCCUUCAUCAUGAUCAGUGUGGCGUGGACUUUGUCUGUGUUGAUUUCCUUCAUCCCUGUGCAGCUGAACUGGCACAAGGCUACAACUACAAGCUUUUUGGACCUAAACGCCAGUUUAGAAGGUAUAAGCAUGGACAACUGUGAUUCUAGCCUAAACAGGAUGUACGCCAUUUCCUCUUCUCUGAUUAGCUUCUAUAUACCUGUGGCCAUCAUGAUAGUGACUUACACCAGGAUAUACCGGAUUGCUCAGAAGCAAAUCCGACGCAUCUCAGCUUUGGAGAGAGCAGCUGUGCACGCCAAGAACUGCCAGAACACAAGCGGCAACAGGAGCAGUAUGGACUGCCAGCAACCGGAGAGCAACUUCAAAAUGUCCUUCAAGAGGGAAACGAAGGUUUUAAAGACGUUGUCAGUGAUCAUGGGGGUAUUUGUGUGCUGCUGGUUGCCAUUUUUUGUAUUGAACUGCAUGAUUCCCUUCUGCGAGCCUACCCAACCAUCCAAGGGAGCAGAAGCUUUCUGCAUUAAUUCCACCAUCUUUGAUGUUUUCAUUUGGUUUGGAUGGGCUAAUUCUUCCCUCAACCCCAUAAUUUAUGCCUUCAAUGCCGAUUUCCGCAAGGCGUUUUCGACUCUGCUAGGAUGCUACAGGCUCUGCCCUAUGUCCGGCAAUGCUAUAGAGACUGUUAGUAUUAACAAUAACGGAGCAGUUGUUUUUUCGAGCCAACAUGAGCCCAAAGGCUCCAGCCCCAAAGAGUCUAAUCUGGUUUAUCUGAUUCCACAUGCAAUUAUCUGUCCAGAAGAAGAACCUCUCAAAAAGGAAGAAGAGGGUGAACUAUCUAAGACCUUGGAGAAAAUGUCUCCAGCACUGUCAAGUAUCUUGGAUUAUGAAGCUGAUGUUUCUUUGGAAAAGAUCAAUCCUAUUACACAAAAUGGGCAGCAUAAAACCUGAACAGUCAGGUUUACCCAGCAAGACCUAAUAGUGUA